AUGUUGACUCUUCCAAUACUGCUCUUCAGCAGCCUUGUCACCGCCCACGAAAUCCACUUCACCUCCACCGGGAACCCCAUCCUCGCAGAUGGCUCACAUUACUCAGCCGAUCCCGCUCCAAUUGUAGUGGAUGACAAGCUGUACAUCAUCGCCGGAGAAGAUACCGCACCGAUAGGGAAGAAUGACUUUUUCAUCAAGAAUUGGAAUCUCUUCAGCACUGAGUCCGCCACGCCAGAAGGAGGGAAUUGGACACUCUGCGCCCCAUUCCUCAAGCCACACGAAACAUUUGCUUGGGCGAACGAGAGCUCCGCAUUUGCCGCCCAGAUUGUUAGAGGGCCUCGUGGGAGAUUCUUCCUCUAUGCUCCGGUCUGGCAAAACAACGCUUCCAUGGACGAGGAUCCUUUUGGUAUCGGAGUAGCCGUGGCGGAUGAUAUUCUGGACCUGGGAAACCCCACCAAGAUUUUGCUAGUAAAUCGACCAUUUUGCCCUAUUGUGUCGGACUCUUUCCCUCCACCUGGGAAUGAUAUUGAGAAUAUCGAUCCGACGGUGCUUGUCGACGAUGAUGAGAGAGUGUAUAUGUACUGGGGGACGUUUGGUAGUCUUAAGGGUGUGGAGUUGAAAUCAGAUAUGGUCACAUUUGCCAGCAAUGUCACGGACAUAACCUCACUCGAGGGCUUCUUUGAGGCGCCCUGGAUCAUGAAACGUAGAGGAACUUACUAUUUGCUCUACGCAGACAAUAAUGUGACGUCCAGCUCGCAUUGCACGCCAACACUGUAUCAUGCCUGCAUUGCGUAUGGAACAGCCUCGUCACCGAUGGGGCCAUGGACUUAUCGGGGUGUCAUUCUCGGGAUUGUCUCUUCGACCACCUCACAUCCAGGCGCAAUCGAAUGGAACGGUCAAUGGUACCUCAUUUACCAUACAUCAGAUGCGAAAGAUGGGGGUAUCUUCCGGCGAAGCAUUGCUUGGGACAGGCUCACAUUCAAUGACUACGCCUCGCCACCUGCUAUUCAGCGAGUACAGCAGACCAAAAGACCGUCGCCGAAAGCGAAGCCGACAUUGAAUCGAGCGCAGCUUGCGACGCCGUCAAGCGAUCCAAUAUGUUUGAUACAAUAUUGGAUCGCGGCGUUGAAUGAUGAAAAAGUCAAUCCUAACCCGCUCCCUCCAGAAUACUGGUCGUCGUGGAAUGAUUCGACGAGUCAAGUUAACGUCACUCUAACUUAUACAUGGAACGAGACUGUGGCGCUGAAUGGCACGUCAAUGGUCUUCUGGGCUAAUCACGAUGCAGGGGACGUUGAAGGGGCUAAGUGA